AUGCCAACUAACACGUCGACAUCGGGACCAUCGUCCAACGGUGCCAACGUACGUUUGCGAUACACCCCCGUGUCCCAACUUCUGUCCUCGGCCGUGGCGAUUUGCCGGUUCACUCAGCGCCGCUCGUGUCAGAGGCUCGCGGACGCCCAGUGCCGCGGCCCCACCCGCGCCACGGCUUCAACCCAUGCUUUCGGGACCUUCCUCAACAACGAUCACCAUCAUCACUACCGCUAUGGCUCCGGCCGGCGCGCCCUGGGUGGCUACUGCUUUGAUUACUGCUGUAACUACAAUUACGACCUCUGGCACUACGACUACAGCUACGAUCACUACUACCAUGCCCACAACGGUCACAACGCCGACCACAGUAACUACUAUUACAACUACGAUCACAACCUCUGGUGCAACAACCACCGCUAUAAUUACUACUACCGUCCCUACGACUGUUCUUACUACUGUCCCUACAACGGUUACAACGCCGACCACAGUGACGACCAUUACAACUACGAUCACAACCUCUGGUACCACAACCACAGCCACGAUUACUACCACCGUCCCAACGACGGUCACAACGCCAACCACGGUAACAACCAUUACAACUACGAUCACAACCUCUGGUACUACGAGCACAGCUACUAUUACUACCACCAUCCCUACUACUGUCCCUACUACUGUCCCUACAACGGUCACGACGCCGACUACAGUAACGACCAUAACAACCGUAAUUACAACCUCUGGUACCACAACGACAGCUACAAUAACUAUAACGACCAUAACGACCGUAAUUACAACCUCUGGUACCACAACCACGGCCACUAUUACCACCACUAUCCCUACGACUGUCCCUACGACUGUCCCCACUACUGUCCCUACAACGGUCACAACCUCCGUUAUAUCAACUGUUACUACUAUUACAACGACAAUCACGACGUCUGGGACAACGACUACAGCAACGAUUACUACUACUAUCCCUACGACCAUCCCUACUACUGUCCCUACAACGGCCACAACCUCCGUUACAUCAACUGUCACUACUAUCACGACGAUAAUCACAACGUCUGGGACCACAACCACGGCUACGAUCACUACCACUGUCCCCACGACUUUGACGACGGCCACAACGCCUGUUACGUCAACUGUCACUACCAUCACAACAAUAAUUACGACGUCUGGGACGACAACCACAGCAACUACAACCACUACCGUCCCUACCACAGCACCCACGACAUUGACAACGGUCACAACUCCCGCCACAUCAACUGUCACAACCAUUACGACAACAAUCACGACGUCUGGUACCACAAGCACAGCUACAAUCACUACUACCAUUCCCACCACGGUUCCCACCACAGUGACAACGCCGGUGACUCAGACGACGGAAACGACGACGACUGUCGUGACAACGAUCACUACUACCAUCACGACCUCGGGCACCACCAGCACAGCAACACUGACCACGACAUUCCCUACUACGAUCACUACAACCAUCACAAUCCCGACAACGGCAACUCAGACGACUGGGACGAUUACUACCACUACUGUCGUAACAACCUUGACUACCACACUCACAACGUCUGGGAGUACCACUACCCAGACUAUCACCACGACAUUCCCUAUCACGGUCACUGUCCCAACUACGGAAACGGUGACAACGGAGACAAUCACGACCACUUUCACCACUACGUAUCCCACUUCGGGCACGACAACAACCGAGACAAUCACGACGACAUUCCCCGUCACCGUCACUCGUCCGACUACUCUCACCAUCGCCACGACUACUUGCGCAGAAUAGUGCCCUACACGGCUACGUUCUGCGCGCCCAGCACACCCCCACAAUACACCACAUCAACUGUGUACACAACCACGGUUUACUCUGUCACGUCUUGCGCCCCUGGCUCUCCUGACUGCACAACUGGGAUCACUACCACUGAGACAAUCCCGUACACCACCACGGUUUGCCCCGUCACGUCGCCCGCGGUCCCAACGGCGCCACCGCAAUACUCGACGUCCAUUGUCUACACAACUACGGUGUACACAGUCACAUCGUGCCCCGCCUCAGUGCACAAUUGCCCUACCACCCCGUACGUCACAACUGAGGUCAUUGCUAGCAGCACCGCUGUUCCUGUCCCAAUCGGCGGCAGCACUCCUCCUGGCUCUGGUGCCCCUGGCUCUGGUGCUCCUGGAUCAAGUGCCCCUGGAUCUGGCAGCGGCCCUACGCCCAGCUUGGUUACGACAGUAUCACUGGGCUCCUCUAGCACUGCAGGAACCACUGUCAUCCCUACUGCGGCUGCUGGCCACCUCACGUCAAGCUACUGGACCCUUGCUGCUGGCCUUGCGGCCGUAUUGCUGCUGUAGAUUGGGGACUAUGUCCUGCUCACAUCAACGCCUCUUCUAUCGAUUGUUCAAUUCGG